AUGGAGCAAGCAAUUUUAGCUGGGGAGGCAGGCUGCAUUUCAAUUUCGCCGUUUCUUCAUGAACUAAAAAUUCAAAUGGUUCCAGGGUAUUUAGACAAGAACCCCAUCUUUGACGUCUGCGUGAAAGCACAGAAAUUUUAUCGAGACAACAAUUUGCCCACUAGAGUCAAGGCUUGCGCGACAUUGGGGCUUGAUGAGCUACUCAUGCUUGCUGGAGUCGAUGCGUUGACUAUUAUGCCAGACGAUUUGAAGGCUUUGUCUGAAUGUGAAAGGGAUGAGACGGAGUUGAAUAAUAUCAAUCUAUUUGUUAACUCAGAAAAGACCCAGGAUUUGGUCAACUAUCCUUCCUUUAUCGAUUCAGAGAAGGACUACCGAGUGAGUUUUGCAUAUAGUGAUGAGGGACAAGCACAAUUCAAAACGGCGCAGGCGAUUGCCUUCUUCUGUGAAGUUCAAACCAAGGCAGAAUUUUUAAUCAAGAGUCAGGUUGAGCAUAUUAUCUGA